UGUGUACAUCGAGCGGGACUGCGGCCUGUGAUCGCUUGUGUCAGGGGACCUGAAGGUUGCAGUUUUUUUUUAUUAUGGCGAGAUACAUGCGACCUCCAAACACUUCUCUGUUCAUCAGAAACAUCUCCGAUGACAGCAGAAAAUGUAAAGACAUACAGUUCUGGAGACCUUCACUACAAAGAAUAUUUAAAAGGGCCGAUGUAGAGUUAGAUUCAAGACAAAGAAAAUAAAGAGAAAGUUAAAGCUUGAAGAUUCAAAGGGGACCAAAAUUGGAGUCAAGGCCUCGGUCUGACCAAAGAAAGAGGAAAAGACUAAAGGUUAUUGGGCAAAGACAUCCCCAAGUCCUUCUCGGAGGUGGUUAAAGACAAUAAAGGUCAAGCUGAAGGUCAAAGGUCAAGCAUGUUAAAGGUAACCCGUUUUAAUGUUGUAUCCUACCAUUACAGAGCACAUGAUUUCUGUACGUAAUCAAAGGCAGUUUUCCAAUCCAUAAUUUCCCUCCCUUUGAUUCGCCUACAGAUGCAUUUAUUGGUGUUUCUUGAACUACGGGCACUAACUCAAUCGUCACAUUCACACUAGUUUUUAGUUGUUUAUGAUAUCUAAUGUCUUUUCCAGCUCAUCUCAUCCUCAGUUAAAACAUGUUAGGAAUAAAAUGGCACAAAAAAUAAAUACCAUUACAUUUUCACAUCUUUUUUGCAUCAUUUGAUUGGAAAUGACACCAUAAAAAUAUUCAUGUCAUGUACUGUGAAAGUGCCUGAAGUUGGAGAACACGUUUGGGAAUUUUGUGAAUUUCUUUCAUAAUUUCAGAGUCAUUUCAUCAACACAUUCCCCUGUUGCCGUUUAUCACAGUUAAUUUUGUGUUUUGCUUUAUAAUCUUUCAUACUUUUGGUGAAUAUCAAGAUCGUAUUGGUGGACAGUUCGGUGUCUAUCAUAUAAAUGUUCAUCAGACUCCUAAAAAAUGCAAAGCCUUAACAGCAGAUGCAUGUUCGAGGACGUUCGCGACGCAGAGGACGCGCUGCACAACCUGGACAGGAAGUGGAUCUGUGGACGGCAGAUCGAGAUCCAGUUCGCUCAAGGAGACAGGAAGACUCCCGGUCAGAUGAAAUCCAAAGAGAAACGCUCUCCUCGCAGCGACUCGCGAUACGACGACUACGACCGGGACGGGCGGCGCAGACGCUCACGCAGCCGCAGUUACGGCAGAAGCAGAUCUCGCAGUCCGUCCUACGAUCGUCGCGCUCGCCGGUCAGGAAGCCCUAGAGACUCUCGGUCACACGGCAGACACCGGAGAAGCAGAAGUCGGGAGAAUGACAGACACAGGUCACGUGAACACGGACGCAGACGCCACCGCUCUGCCUCACAUUCUCCUUCCCAGGACUCCAAAUAUAAGUCCAAGAGCCGGAGGUCUCAGUCCAGAUCGGCCAGCCCGGCCGUGGAAGACCUGCACCAGUCCACCGGCUCCCGUGAGGACGAACCCCGUGGCCGCUCGACUUCCCGUUCACCGUCUCGCUCCCGUUCGCGCUCCAGGUCCUGGGCCGGCCGCAAGUCUGGAGGCCGUUAGUGACCCUUCUGGUUUUAAAUAAAUACUGUAUCAUGUGCAGCUUUUCAUCGACCCUUUGUGUUUAAUCAUGAUGCCACAACAAAUUGUUCUUGUUGUUCUUAUCAGAUCCCCAAACAAAUGAUGCAAAUUGUUUGAAAGUCCAUGUCAAAGGCAGUUUGAGAUUGUUCUUUUGUAAGAAAUGCGCCCAUCGCUUUGAUGCCAGUAUAAAGAUGGCUUUAUUUUUAUAGUCAGAGACGAUCAGAACACCAGCUGUUUUUUUCCCUUGUUUGAACAUCAGAAGAUGCAUGCAGACACUGUUAAAAAAAGAAACGAUUAUAAUGACUUUGGCAAUGGCUCUGAAAGGUCGCAGUGUUACGUUUUCUGUUGAAGUUUUUCUUAAGGUUAUUAAUGUAUUUGAAACUAAAUCUGUAUUUUAGUUAAGUCUUGAUUGUAGCAUCUGUUUAUAUUAAAGACGUAGUAUUUUUGUCAUUGCUAAAUAAACAUGAUUUAAAUGUU